AUGAUCCAAUAUACUGGGCGUGUCCAUGCCAUGUUUUCAAAGAGGUCAUCAGUCAAAGGAGGAACGGUGUGCAACAUAUUGUGCAGAGUCGAGAUUGAAAAAGAAACGCAUGCACGCAAUGUGCCUGUGGUCUACAACUUAUUGUUUUGGACAAAAUGUUUAAUGAGGAAAAAUGCUUUAAAUCAACUUCUAGAGAUGCAGAAGCACUUUUCGUAG